UGUUACAACUUGUAUAAAGAAAUGUGAAUGUUUGGGUAAUUGUAUGUAAUUUUUUGUCAAACUAAUAGGUACCUAGUUAAAUCCAAAUAAUUAUAUUUCGCCAAAUUAUGCGUUAUUGAUAUUUACAUUUAAGAAAUCUAAAUUGGUCGAUUCUCUCUAAGUUAACAUAAAAAAUAGGCUGGUUUCAAUUUAUAUCAUGAAAUAUAAAACGGCUUAAGGAACCGUAGAAUAUUAGUAGAACAGAACUGGCCAUAAAAACGAUACAAUAAUAACGUUUUAACGGUUUUUUCUAAUAAUUCUAGCAACACUGACACAAAAAUUGAUGAAUCUUAACAAACCUUCUCCGGACGAUGUGCUUGUCGCUCCAUUGCGAGGAUCCGCGUCUGUUCUAAUUUUGAAUCGUAUAUUUGUGUAUGAAAAUAAUACGACAACAGUAUUUUCUUGAAGGAAUAUACUGUUAAUUAACUUUAAUUAAAUUCACCGUGAAUAUUCCACGUGUUUCUAGUGUUACGCGUACUGAAACAGUGUUAUUUUUCCUUCUUGCUAAGACACAGAGGGUAUUCAUGUUUAUAAAAAUAUUGAUUUGUAGCAUAUCGUUUUUUAACAUAUCUAUUGUGUCUUGAAACUUUAGGUGAAAUGUAGGUAAUCGCUGAGCGUACGUGCAGCGUGAAAUAAUUAUGAAAAUGCAACAGUUGUUGGGGGAUCGUAAUGGCGCUUUCUUGGAUGUGAUUCGUUAUUGUGUUUGAUCGUGUUUUCUGUGUUUUUGUUGUGUUAUUUUGACUAUGGAAGGAACCACGGAGAAGGAUUGUUCGCCUCUAUGGAGCCUGUACCAGCAGAUUGUGUCGGACAUGAAGAACAGUGCUCCGAUGUGGGAAGACUUCAUAUCAAAGGCGACAAAACUUCACUCGGCGCUAAAAUCUGCGUUGGUUGCAAUAUCUGCAUUUCUGGACGCGUUUCAGAAAAUCGCAGAUGCAGCGACGAAUGCACGAGGAGCAACGAAAGAGAUCGGAACAGCGCUCACGAGGGUUUGCCUUCGCCACAGAGCCAUCGAGACCAGAAUGAAAACAUUUAUCAGUGCUCUAACGGACGCGUUAAUAGUUCCGUUAACAUCACGCGCAGAGGAAUGGCGACGGGGAUGCGCGACCGGCGCGCUCGGGCGUGAGCACGCGCGCGAAUGUAAGCGUGCGCGCGCUGAGCUGCGCCGGAGAGUACACGACGCGCAACGGCACGCACGCAAGGCACGUCGCGCGCCUCCUGAUGCCAAGCGGAGAGCAGAUGUUUGUAUGCAGGAUGUUGCGGAGCGCAAACAGCAGCUGGAGGAGAUGGAGGAGAAAGCGGUAAAGGCGGCGCUUGUCGAAGAGCGCAGCCGCUUCUGCCACUUCGUGGCACUGCUCAACCCCGUCGUGGAGAGUGAAGUGGCAAUGUUAGCGGAGGUGGGGCACCUGCAAGAAGGCAGCGAGCAACUCUUGCGGCACACCACGGAGCCGCGCACCUUGCCCGCUGCAAGCUUACAGGUGAUAUGCGACGUUAAGUCGUGUUACAGCGGAUGGGCGGAGGCGGGCUCCUCGCCGCCCGCCAGCCGCCUCGGCAGCCGCAAAUCCUCGCUCACGUCCAUCUCCUCGCUCAACAGCCAGUGCUCGGAGGCACACGCAUCCGGGUCGACGGUCAGCUGUUCCACGCCGAUUUCGAACGCGUCGUCUGCUGGGACCAUCCCGGCUGCCGCUGAAACGAAUAGCUUAUCACAGUCCGCGCGGCUGACCAGUGUCGGCAGUUCGGACUCUGGUUUCCGCUCGCAGGACGCCCUGCAGCGCCGCUCGCUCUACGUUGAAAAUGGUUCUGAUAAUCAGAGCGUGAGCAGCGAAUGCACGACCCCGGCCAAGAGCACGGUGGACGACGAUCACACUGACGACGGUCGCGACACGUUGGGGAAUACUGCAUCCGCUACGUGGCCGGACCUGAAGGAUACCGCACAGUUCGAACGAGCCGCCUCGGCAAUCAUGGGCGGCAGGCCUCACACCAUUUCAGCCGCGUACGAGCGCGGCGGGCACGGGCGGCCGGCGCUCACGCCGCAGACCUUCGGCGACGCCGACGGCUCUACGAGGGAGGGCAUCUACGCCAGGCCGCCGCUGCCCACGGUGAGUGAGCCGACUGGGCGGCCGGCGCUCACGCCGCAGGCCUUCGGCGACACCGACGGCUCCACGAGGGAAGGCAUCUACGCCAGGCCGCCUCUGCCCACGCGCUGUUCCUCGCUGGAACGGCCAUCGGUCCCAGCGAAAUCCAACGCGAACACCUCGCAGCAGGACUUCAAGCCCAGCAAGCCCUCCUCGCUGCCGCCGCAUCUCACUAAAGAAAUGCCACAAGCACUAUACGUGAACAUGUCGGAGCUGGCAACGCUAGCGGCAUCGCGUGCGCAAGCGCACAACGCAGAACACCCGCAGCAAGAAAAGGUAUGCUCUGAAAGCAGUGCGAGCGAAUCGUCUCUAGAGUCCUCCAGCGGCUACGGCAGCCAAGGCGCGUUCGCGGCCGAGGACCACACCCACCAACACCAGAUACAGCACCCGGAUGACUCUGAGAUAGUGACACUCCGCCGCGACAGCGACGCGUCAAUCGCCGCUGCUCGCGAGAGCUUCUCGAUCUCGCUCGGCAGCCUCGAGGAGGCCGUCAGGUCGCUCGACGAGACCUGCGAGACGCCGGCGUUCGCAACUAUCGGGAAGAAACCCGCGGUGCCCAAGCGGAGACCCGUUUCCAUGACAGCGACGGUGUGGUCGCGGCGUGGCUCUUCAAGCUCCCUGGGCAAGCCACCGCCGCCCGUACGGCGGUCUUCGUCCAUCUCCCGUCCGCAGCGACCGGCCUACCCUCAGGGCAACAAUCAAAGCCCGGGGAUGGGGCCUAACGAGGUCGACAACCUGCCGCCACCACCUGCGUUCUUGCUGCAACCCGAUGUUGAGGCUAACUCUGGUAUCAACGUAGCGGAGACUGUAAAACAACUGACAGAACUCAAGCACAUGCCUGCUUCUCCAGGCCUAGUGCGGCGCAGUCUCCAACAACUUCAAACUAAUGCGAAUCAAACCCAAAACUCGAAUCCCUCUCAGAGUCCCACACAAUCCCUAUCCACCUUCCAACAAGCCAAAAGUAAUUUCUCUUCGACCACCAGCCUAAACAGCACUGGAAACCUGAACCCAAUAUACGGCCAGACGGGCCAUAAGAUAAUGGCUUAUGUCGAACAAAAUUCCAUCUACGUGCGGAAGAAUAGUUUGAACAGUUCGAAUUCGGACUUGUACGGCAGCAACCUGGGCGUGUACAGCGACGGCAAGGGUUCGCCCCACGGCUCCAGCCCCUCCACGCCGAGCUACGGCGAGAACAACUCCUUCUCCAGCUUCGGCCCGAGGGUUUCCAAUGAUUCGCAAUAUGGGCAAACUGGUUACAAACUACAACAAGAGAAGAAAUAUUCCUCGAACACGAUAUACGCGCAACCAUCGCAGAUUAUAGCGGGGUACAACAGCAUGGCACGCCACGACACGCUCAGCCCGCUCGCGAUGCGCCGCAACAUCGCGGCCAGGGCGCACAGCGCCGAUAGACACCAUUCCGAACAGAGCGGCUUGAUCGCGAGCUUGAGCGCCAAGCUCGCGCCGCAGCUGUCGCCGCGCACCACGCGCCGCGCCCUGUCCACCAUCACCGCAGCCGACCCGCCGCACAAAGGGAAAGCAUCGAAGCCCGCUAUCCAGCCGGCUUUCCUGGACAAGCUCUCGGCCACCAUACAGCAGCAGCGGCGCCAGCUGGACACGGCACGCGCUGUUGCAGUGCGAGAUCAUAUUAACACGCAAGCUCAGCCGGACCCGCGGGUGUGUCACACAUCGCUCAUGGAGCAGAUCAAGCGCGGAGCGACUCUGCGCCGCAACAAGCACUGCAACGAUCGCUCCGCGCCAAAAAUACGCUAGACGGAUGCAGCGUGCAUCAGUGGCAGCAUGGUACGCCAAAAGUGAAACUAUCUUACGAGAAACCAUCAACUAAAACUUUUAACAGGAAUAUUAAAGAAUUCUACAAUGUAUAUGAAUAUGGUUAACUAACAUCGAAAUAAUCUUCAAAAUAAGUUUCUAUGGCAUAAUGUUUGUAUUGGUCACUAAAUUUUGGGACCGUUAAAAAUAAUAACGGGUUUACGGGCAUGUAACUUGAUUCUUCGGGAUAUAGCUGUAAGUGAAAGAUACAUUUUAUUCGGUCCUUUUAACUAUGCUUGAAAGAUUAUUUUUUCAAUGUAUUUAGUUCUUCGACAAUGUCUGAUCACUAGAAUAAGUAAUUUGUGUAACAGGUAUAUUCGAGUCCUCUCUAUAAACAGUAAUCAGUAUACAUAAUCAAGAAGUAGGUACUUAUAUGAAAAUGAAUCAUAUCUUUGACUUGAUACAUUGUUUUGAAAUGCGAACGUCAUGGUCGGCCAUCCAAUUUACGUCCGCCAUUUAAAGUUUAGUAACGCCCAGACGAAUUUUAAUAUAAAUAUCGAAUAUUUGUACUUUGUAAUGUUUAUAUAAUUAUAUUCAUAAAUUAUAUUCAUAAAUUAUAUUUGAACCUUUUUCAAGGACUGUAGGUAGUAAAUGAGGCUAACUAACUUAUUAUUUUUUUAACGCGCAAGCUUGUAUUGAAAUAGUAGAUAAAUACAUGUAAUAGCUGUGUUCUUGUAGAUAUGCUCGUUUCUGUACAAUAUCUAAAUAUCAUCGUAACUUUUUAAUGAUUAUUUUUAUAGUUUAUUUUUAUUUUAUAAUAUUUCAACUGGUAACGAGCAGUACUGAUAUUUAGUAGUUUUAAAGAGUAGUUUAAGUGUGUUUAAUAAAGAAAAUAGUUGUGUAGGGUAGCUGACAUAUCUGUUAAAAGAAGUAAGUUUAAUUAAACGUCCAUAAGUCCUGUUGUCGAUUGUAUUGUAUUACCUUGCUCUUUGACAACGUGAGAAUUGUGGUGAGAAUAUUUUCUAUGAAGGUAUUGUAGAACAGUAAUAUGUACAGAAUGGGCACGAAUAAUCUGGAUAAUUAUAAACAUUGAUUUGCGUGCUUCUUUGGUAGAAAGUUAAGUAUCGUACUGAUAAAAGCGCUUAGUUUGUUUUGUUUUAAUAUACAAAAUAAACAUACACUGUUCGCUGUCGGUUGAAUACGUGGUUAAAGUUUUUAGAGGUUGUUCACGCCCACCCUUUAUGGUAUAUAAUAGUACAUAUUCAUUAUAAUAAUAUACCCAAUAAAUCUAUCAUAAUACGGAAAACCCAAAAUACCCAUGCAAAUAUAUUUAUUUAUUUAGCUUAUUCGAUUUCACCACCACAAUUCUCGCUAAGCAUGUCAACUCUACAUCAGUGGCGCUUGCCACACUUAACGAUAAGUAAAGAAUGUAUUGAUUAAAUUGGUGAAUUAAAAUGAUUUUUGUCCCCUA